AUGCCUGAUUGGCCCUUUCCGCCAGGCGUCUUCGGGCAGCACUUGGAUCUGCAGCACGCCCGUUCGCCCCACGGUGCUUCGCCCCGGCGCCGCGCCGCCGCGCGGCAAGCCCCACGGCGAACGCAAGAGCUCUGGCAGCGUCGCCGCUUAGAGCAUUCCGUCCGGGAGGAAUGGGCUGCACCGGUGGAGCUGGAGCCACCGGAGCCAGAAGAGGUGAAGAAGGACGCUGUCCAGCCGGGUGCAGAAAGCCCCAAGGCAGAAGCUCAGGAGGAGGAAGAGGAGCCCGAACAGACCAAUGAGCUCGACUGGCGCCGUGACCCUGAUAAGCCUUUGAUGAAGAUGAGCAUGACGCAGAACGUCAGUGCUCGGACGCGUUGGCAGGUGGCCUUCGCGAAGGUGCGCGAGAUGACACAGGUCGCGCGGAAGCGGCAGCAUCGGGUGGCCCUGGGCCUGAAGGUCAAGGAAUACCUCACCUUCCACCACUUGAGAGGCGCCUGUGGAAAGAUGGAACGCGCCGUGGACAGCUUCGAGCGUUCGCUCUUCAGCAACCAGGAGGUGGCCUAUGACGUGUUCGGCGAGACAGUCAUCCCGGAGGCCGAUCAGUGGGUCAAGAAGAAUUUCGAAGAAAUGCGAGAAUCUCUGGAGCCAGUCGUCCAAAACGAGCAGUCGCGCAAGUAUGACAUGAACGAGCUGGAACGUAUGAUACGCAUGAAAGAGCAGGAAGAUCAAUGGUCGGACGCCCAGCAGCGCAGCACCGAGGAGUUGUUGCACACCCAUGGCCGUCUCAUGCACCGUUCGGUGACCAGCUUGGAGGAGAUGGUGCGGCAGGUUCGCCAGGUCUUCGCUGCACUGGCGGCCGAGAUCGCCGAAGGCUUACAAAGGCAUUGCAGCUUGCGGCAAGAGCAUGACACUGCGGAGACCCAGUUCUUCGAGAUGUCGCAAAAGCAGAAAAGGAUGAUGACACAGAUUGAGGAGUUCGAAGCGCGGAAGAAGGAAGCCACCGAUGGCUACAACCGGGAACUGGACAUGUUGCAGCAGGAGUACACCAAGGUGAGGCGCGCCACAGCCAGCGUGAAGUUUCAGCUGGCCAAGGAUCGGCACUACUGCGAGAGGGUGGCGCAACAACUCCAGGAUCAGAUGGCCGCGCAGAUGUCGCGCACGGUGGAGGUGAUGGCAGAGGAGCACAUCAAGCGCAUCCAGCGCAAGUGGGAUGUGCGCCAGAGAGAAAAGAUCAUGAGGCACGCCACUGACGAGAAAGAGCUGCAAGAGAUGCGAGAGCAGCUGCGAAAGCGCGAGCUGCACCUUCAGGAGCAGAAAGCCUUCCUGGAGGUCUCCUUGAGCAGAUCAAGGGCCAUCAAGGCGAAGCUGCUGCUCUUCGAGCUCCAAGCGCGAACACAGGAGCUGGAAAAUGCGAAACCGGCCCAGAGGAAGAGUAUCCGGAGAAUGUGGACCCGGGGGUUGGAAGGCGCCCUGCCUGCUCCAGGCUUGUUGCCCUUGCUCUCUCAAGAGCUUCAGAUUCAACGUCAGUGGCUCAUCGAACGAGGGCAGCACUUGGAGCUGAACCCAAGCAACCUUGAAGUGGAAGGUAGGCCGCUGUUAGCAACACCCAGCGCUUUGAUAUGUAAGCUUUGGGAGUUCUUUUUGGAACCUUGGCAAGGGGUGUCCAAACGCCUCACGCGUGUCUUCCGCAGCGAGUUGUCGGAGACCACGGCGCAGAACCGCCGAACGGAGGUGGUGCAACUGAGCGGCACCCUGUUUGACAGCCAAGAAGUUCAGAAGCAGGUCGAGCAAGCCUUGAACUCUUUGGAGGCCACGCGUCGGGCGCACGAGACGUUGGCCGAGCGCUGGGCGCUUGGGAGCUCCGACGCGGAGGUGCAUGUCACUCUGUCAGAGAAGCUCGAGGAGCUGGAUCAAGGAUUAGACGUGGCUGAAGCCUGCACUCGCUGGUGGCGGGAGCCGGAUCAGAAUACUGCACAGCACUUGGCAAGUUUGACGAGCAAGGAGGAGCUGUCCUGGCUAAGGGGCAUGGCACAAAGUCUAGGUGUCCGCUGCGGUCAGUUGCGAGCCGGCUGCUCCAUCUUAGAGCCUGCCCACCCGUCAAGGUCGAGAAUGGACGCAGUGGCCAGCAUGUUGUCCAGCAUGCCCGCCUUGGUGAAUGAGGAGAUGCUCACCGGUGGUGAAGCCUUGGCUCUUCGGAUGCAGCGCCUACUGUCGAAGCGCCAGAUGUGGCAAGGGCAGAUGGCGGAGACGUGGCCGGGACACCUGGCUUUUAGAGAAGGCCGCUUGCGCUCCGCUGCCCCAAGCAGCUUAUAG